AUGGAUAAAACACCACCACAAAAAAUAAGUGUAUCAAAAUUGACCAAAAUUUACGAUCGGUCGACUUUUCUCGACAAAGCGAACAAAAGCAAGUUUUCGUGGAAAUACGAUAACAGGCACGAUGUGUUGUUUAUCGGACUCGAGGUAAAGGCAACAGGAUGGGUUGGCUUUGGAUUCGCUCAUAAGAUCUUUCAGAUGAUGAAUUACGAUGUAGUUGUUGGCAAAGUGGAGUAUGGAAAGGGAACUUUGACCGAUCGUCAUACAGCGGGAUACUUUGAGCCACCUGCAGACAUAGAGCAAGAUUACAACUUGACUCACUCUGAAGAGGUGAACGGGACAACCACCCUAGAAUUUUACAGGAAAAGACUAACAAGAGAUCCUAAGGACAUGGAAAUUAAGCUCGGCCCAAUGUUGGUGGUAUACGCCUAUCAUUCCAAGUCUGAUUACCCUCUGCCGUACAGAACGCAACAUGACCACCAAGGGUUUAAAACCGUUGAGAUUCUGCCAAAUGAUACCUUGUUGCCCGGCAACCUGUCUUCGUUAGGUGUGAAAAACAGUUCGCCGCACAAAACAGCCACUAAGGUGUUUUUGUCACCACAUGUGCCCUCAACUUCAUCCUCGUUAUCAUUGACGUCUCUUUUCUCUUCAACGUCGAUAGUAUCAGCACUUCAAGUAUUGUCGACAUCAUCAUCAUCAUCUCCACUACCUAUAACAUUAACAGCCACAAAAUUCUUGUCUUCGUCGUCAACACCACACUUUUCAUCACUACCGAAGUUUUCGGUGCGCUCAUCAUCUUCCAUGUUUUGGUCGUCACUGGAGAUACCACAGCCGUCAUCAUCCACGUCCCACCAACCAUUAUCUUCAUCAUCAUCCACUCUACCAUUGCUACCUCUAGUGCACCCUUCAUCAUUAUCAUCACUAUUGUCUCCAUCUCCCUCUUAUUCGCGAACUGCAAAGGUAUCCCGACGAAGUACUGCAUUGAGCACGUCAAUUGUCGAUAACGUGGUUACUGACUACAAUGCAUUCAUUAAGGUUCAUCUUCAAAUAAAAGUGACCAGUGUUCAGUAUGAUGUUAUUCAAGACCGCAAGGGACCAGAGUUUCUGAGRUUUAAGAAACACUUUGAGGACAAUGUCGCAAAACGGGACAAAGUAUUCAAAGUUAUAAUUACUAAUAUCAGGCGUGGAAGCGUUUUAGUAGACUUUGAUAUACUGAUCAACUCCACAUCACAGAGAGAUGCGCAUGUUGUCAUUAAUGAGAUUAAGCAGGAAGUGACGUCAGGAAAAGUUGGGAACUACUCGGYUGAUCCAAAUUAUCCAAUAGGAGCAGUUAUCACAAUGAAAGUUAAWCCAGCGACCCCCCUGUCGACAUUCAAGCAAUCAAAUGAAGAUAAAUACUUGGUAGCGAUUAUCGUGCUAGGUUGUGCUGUUGGGAUUUUGCUGAUCGCUGUUCUUUUAGCGUCACAGCUGAAGUGCUACAAAAGACAAGAACAUCAUUGCACCAGCUUUAACUUGGAGACCGUCAGCUAUAAUAGCAGAUCAUAACAACAGGACAUUGUCGCCAUCUUGAAUUAUAUCGCGCAAAUAAGCAAAAAUACCGUUUCUGCGAAAAAUUACUCUUCAUUGCUUUAAACGAUUUGUGAUUAGCAAUUACAUAUGUUUGUGUUUGACGGUAAACAGCUAUUUCAAAAUACUGAAUAUAUUAUUCCUGGAACGCAAUUCCUUGUUGAUAGCAACAAUGCAUUGCAAUCUUGCAUUUAGUAUUCAACGUUUUCUAGCUGAUAUUGUUGUAAAAUCGAUAUUGCAUUUCAAAGCUGUAGUAUACCAAUAAGCGAGAAUUCACGAAUAAAAUGAUUAGAUCAG